CUCCCAGAACCGUUCGGCACGGUGGCGGAGGCGCGCACGGCUAGUCCCGCCCUCUUGCCUCGGCUCAGCCAGCCAGGCCGCAGCAAGCGAAGGGCGGGAGUCAUGGCGGAGAGCGGUCCUGUGGUGGAUGGGGAUGCGGCGGCGCCUUCCUCCUCCGAAGCAAGCGCCUAUCCCGGGCGUUGGGAACGGCUGAGGCUGGCGGCCGGGCCUUGGGCUCGCAGGGUGGCUUUGGUGGCGGCGCUUGGCCUCCUCUACUUUCUCCGGGGCCCGCUUCGGUUGAGGGACAACUUGGUGGCAGUGACUGUCUUCUUGAGCACGUUAACUCCAAAAUUCUAUGUUGCACUUACGGGGACUUCCUCUUUAAUAUCCGGCUUGAUAUUUAUAUUUGAAUGGUGGUAUUUCAGAAAAUAUGGCACUUCUUUCAUUGAGCAGGUUUCUGUGAGUCAUUUGCGACCACUGAUUGGAGGAGCAGAGAACAGUACUUCUCCGCAGUCAAGUUUCUCUGCCAGUAAUGGAGAAAGUGAGACAAAUAGGCAAAGUUUAUCAGAGUGCAAAGUAUGGAGAAACCCCCUCAAUCUGUUCAGAGGAGCAGAAUAUAGCAGAUAUACAUGGGUGACUGGAAAGGAGCCACUCACAUACUAUGACAUGAAUUUGUCUGCUCAGGAUCAUCAGACUUUUUUUACAUGCGAAACAGAUUCACUUAGGCCUUCAGAUGCAGUUAUGCAGAAGGCAUGGCGGGAGAGGAAUCCUCAGGCUCGAAUCAAAGCAGCAUAUCAAGCUUUAGAAUUAAAUAAUGAAUGUGCAACUGCAUAUGUUCUCCUGGCUGAGGAAGAAGCAACUACAAUUGUGGAUGCUGAAAAGUAUUUCAAGCAGGCCCUGAAAGCUGGAGAAAAUGUUUAUAGGAAGUCUCAGCAUUGUGGUUCUCAAAGUCCUCAACAUGAAGCUCAGCUGAGAAGAGACACCAAUGUACUAGUAUAUGUGAAAAGAAGACUAGCAAUGUGUUCAAGAAAACUUGGAAAAAUUAAAGAAGCAGUAAAAAUGAUGAGAGAUUUAAUGAAAGAAUUUCCUCUCCUAAGUGUACUGAAUAUUCAUGAAAACCUGCUAGAGGCCCUUCUGGAACUACAGGCUUAUGCUGAUGUCCAAGCAGUUUUGGCAAAGUAUGAUGAUAUCAGCCUUCCAAAAUCAGCAGCAAUAUGUUACACAGCAGCACUGCUAAAGGCCAGAGCGGUUUCAGAUAGGUUCUCUCCAGAAACAGCCUCAAGAAGAGGACUUAGUACAGCGGAGAUUAAUGCAGUAGAAGCAAUUCACAGAGCUGUUGAAUUUAACCCUCACGUCCCAAAGUACUUGUUAGAAAUGAAAAGCUUGAUUUUACCUCCGGAGCACAUUCUGAAACGUGGUGACAGUGAAGCAGUAGCAUAUGCUUUCUUCCAUCUCCAGCACUGGAAGCGAAUAGAAGGGGCCCUUAAUCUCUUGCACUGUACAUGGGAAGGCACUUUUAGAAUGAUCCCAUAUCCAUUAGAGAAAGGUCAUCUAUUUUAUCCCUAUCCCAGCUGUACAGAGACAGCAGACAGAGAGUUAUUACCAAUUCUUUGGAACUCUCUUGUCACCUUUGAGCUUCAUGAUGGAGAAGAUUGAGCGCCUCAUGCCUGCUGGUCUCUGGCAUCAACUGACCCACAUUUGAGAGGACCUUUAUGGCUGGGCCAGCCAUUGUUCUCAGGAACUUUACCAUCAGCACCCCCAGCAGAACAGCACUUGCAGCUAAGGGUGUGAAAGAAGACAAGCUCUAUGACUGCUUCAUUUUACAGCCUGUUCUUGGUGCUUGAGAGUUGCUGUAUCCCUCCUUAAGCCAUAGUGUUUAUAUUAAUUAAGAGUGCAUAGCUUCUUUUGUGUGUGAAGGAAGGGGAUUGUGCUCACUUGAACAUUAGCUGUACCAUUUGAAGCUACUGCUUUCUGUAUAAGACACUCUGGAAGGCAAUAAAUUUGGUAGAUGGUGUGUUGAAA